AUGGCCUCACUGGAGCCAGAUGCCUAUUGGAGCUCAAAUUCAGUUCUCAGUGUCAUGGAGCUUACAAAAGAGCAAAUGAUAGCCAUCCCCCAGAGCUAUAUUUGUCCACAUCAACAGCCUCUUGCUCUCUCUGCAGAUUGCACAACUUUGCCAACAAUCACCACAAUUGACAUGAAAAAAUUGGCCUUUGGGGAGGCCACAGGAUUAGAGGUAGAGAAGUUGCGUUCAACUUGCAAAGACUGGGGAUUUUUUCAGUUGGUGAACCAUGGAGUUAGUUCUUCACUACUAAAGAAGUUGAAGAAUGAGAUUGAAGAAUUCUUCAAGCUUCCCAUGGAAGAGAAAAUGAAAUUCAAGGUAAAGCCAGGUGAUGUUGAAGGCUAUGGAACAGUUAUCAGAUCCAAAGGUCAAAAACUUGACUGGGGUGAUAGAUUCUACAUGACAGUCAACCCUAUUCACAAAAGAAAGCCAUAUUUAUUCCCAGAGCUCCCUCCAUCCUUGAGGGAUACCUUAGAGUCAUACUUGUUGGAGUUGCGAAAGCUUGCCAUGACACUUAUGGUGUUGAUGGGAAAAGCUCUGAAGAUGGAUACAAGAGAGAUUGAGGAGUUGUUUGAAGAUGGGUUGCAAUCAGUAAGGAUGACUUACUAUCCUCCAUGCUCACAACCAGAACUUGUCAUCGGCCUCAGCCCCCACUCCGACCUCACCGGCGUCACCAUCCUCCACCAAGUUAAUGAAGUAGAUGGUCUCCAAAUAAAGAAAGAUGGGGGUUGGAUUCCGGUGAGCUUCCUCCCGGAUGCCUUCGUUGUGAACGUAGGAGACAUCAUGGAGAUCUUGAGCAAUGGAGCCUACACCAGCGUUGAGCACAGAGCAACAGUGAAUUCAGAGAAAGAAAGGAUAUCUAUCGCUAUGUUCUUCAACCCCAAAUUGGAUGCAGAGAUAGGGCCUGCAAAAAGUCUUUUAAACACAGAAACCCCACCAUUGUUUAAAAGGAUUGGAAUGGAGGAAUACGUCAAAGAUUACUUCUCCCGUAACAUGAAUGGAAAGUCACUGGACAACAUGAGGAUACAAAUCGGGGAAGGCAACAAUGGUUGAAAAAAUAUACAACACAUGUAUAAUAGUACAUGAUAGUUUCGAAAUUGAAUCCUAUAAUGUUACAUAUGGUGUGUGGGUGUGGCAAUAAAGUCUUGUGUCCCGUGAUCUACGUGUUCAAAUGGUAGACAUCCAUUAACUCUUGUCAUGUCUUUCUC